UCACCCACUGCUGCACCUGCCUGCAUGGCAUGUGACUCCUUGUCCCUACACGACCUUCCCCUUUUCUCUGGAAUAGCGUAAUUUGCUGCUCCUACUUCCCACACAGUGUACUGCCCAAACGCAGUCGAAUUCACUCUUCCCUCCUAGAAAGAAAAUUGUUCGUUCAAAGUUCAACUACCCAACUUUGGCCAUGGAUAGCUCCAAAUGCUGCUACCUUUGGUUUUGGGCUUGCAGUUUUCUCCUCAUCCUCACGUCCAAGUCACUCGUACUUCAUGGAGUUUUAGCUCAACCUGAGGAAGCUGCCACUUUACAGCUCAAAGCUGAUUCCUCGGAAUGGCCAGCGGGGAUGAUGUCCCUCUACGACGCUGCGGAUGAUGUUGUCGGAGACAAUGACGACGAGAUGGAAAUGGACGAGGAUGCCGCGUCUAGUUCCAGGAGAUCGCUGUUUUGGCGGAGAGUGAGGUACUACAUUUCAUACGCGGCCCUGUCGGCGAAUAGGAUCCCCUGUCCCCCUCGCUCCGGCAGGUCCUACUACACCCAUCACUGCUAUUUCGCCAGCGGCCCAGUCCACCCUUAUAACCGAGGUUGCUCCGCCAUCACCCGUUGCCGCAGAUAAACUAUUCACUUCGCCUUUCAUCUUGUGUCUGCGUGGUGGUUUCUUUUUAUUUGUGCGUCUGCUUAUCGUUUGCUUUCUGGUCUCGAAAACUGUCGUCACACACCCCUGUUUUCUUGAGUGCUUUUAUAUUUUUCUGAUCCGUGCCUUCAAUUUAAAUUAUUUGUUAAUUUAAAACUGGAUAGAAUUUGCUGAGUCUUGAGAGGGAGAGACGAUCAUUUUCGAGGUGUAAGCUGCUAAUGAAUUUAUCCUAGCAAGCACUGCUUAUUUUUGCAUGCA